AUGGACAUCGCAUACCAGCGGGUGGUGGGGAUCACCAGGAGAUUGGAGGCUGCAGCUUGUCAGGGUAGGGGCUAUUUGGGUCUCCCUGUUCAUUCAGCACUUCCAGCCACCAGUGGUGCUCUGGCCACUCUUACGCCCCAGGCUCCUUAUUAUGCACCUCCAUUGUAUAGUGCACCUCUUGCAUGGGGUGCUUUCAGUGUAUGUGAAGUCAAAUAUGAAGUAGGAGUUGACAUAUUCUGGCGUGAACUUCAUCCUAAUGGAAUCAAUUGGAAAGGUGUCCCAAAAGAGAUAAAAGAAUUUUACUUUGGAGAAUUCAAGAAGGCAUUCUAUUGGGAUUCUUUGAUUGAUAGAGAAGUGAAGCGCAUAUGGGGAAGUAAGGCAGCGAGAAGGUACUGUGAUUUUAUAUGCAAAAUAAAAAAAGAUAAGAAUAUAGUUCAACCAGAUUUUGUUCCAAAAGAUGUGUGGAACAAUUGGAUGGAACAAUGGAAGGAUCCUAAGUGUGUCAAAAAAUUAGAAAUAAAUACAAAAAAUCGUUGUGGCGGUGGGACUGUCGUCGCCAUUGGAACUCACACGGGCGGCUCUAUCACCAUUGGGGAACAUCGCAAGAGACUUGCUAUUGAAAAGGGUCGAGAUCCAACACCAAGUGAGCUACACUUGCACGUCCAUACACAUGGUCAUGAUGAAAAAUCUUUUGUUAGUGAGCGAUCACGACUUGUACAUGAAAAAUAUCAGCAAAUAUUACAGCAACAAACACAAACUCAAUCUGAUAUUGAUCAAUCUUUAGCAUUUUAUCAAGCCGCGGGAGGGGAAAAGAAGAGAAGAAUAUAUGGUCUUGGAUCUCAAGAAAAAUAUUUCUAUGGGCUAAAUCUUCGUGCCUAUUCUGGAUCUGAUGCUUCUUCAUCAGCAGCGCCUGUACUGACUAAUCACAUGUUUCCUGUGUUGGCUGAGCGAGUAAGAGGAUUGAUAGAUUCACCAUCACAUGUGCAAGAUAAUCAUACCGAUCACCCAUCAGCUAUGGCACCUCCAGUUCCUCCUCCUAAUACUAAUAUUAACGAGGUUCAUGCAUCGCUUUCUGAUGAUGACCUUCACUCUCUAGUCUCUCAGUAGUUAACUAUUUUUAUUUGAACUUUAUUUUGGUAUUGUAGAUGUUUUGGUAUUAACGGGGUUCAUGCAUCGCUUUCUGAUGAUGACCUUCACUCUCUAGUCUCUCAGUAAUUAACUAUUUUUGUUCGAACUUUA